GAAAGACCAAAUAACUAGUUAAGAAGGCAGUUGGUAACUUCGGGAAGGGGUUGUUUGAAUGAGCUGGGAUUGUAGAGUGGCAAAAGCAAGCUAGCAAAGCACGGAGUAAGCAGAAAGGGACUGUGGGUAUUUGGAAACCUGCAGUGGCUUUGAGAAAAAAAAGAAACGACGUAGACAUGGUGCAGCAAAUUGAACACAGCGAGGCGGAGAGUAACAUGUCCAGAGAAGCUACAGACACUGAGGAAAGCGAACUGAUGGCGUGCAGCCCGGUGCCACUGAAACCGGUGAAAGCCGACUGGUGCAAGACGGCCACCGGUCACAUCAAACGACCCAUGAAUGCAUUCAUGGUGUGGUCGAAAGUCGAGAGGAGAAAGAUUAUGGAACAGUCUCCAGACAUGCACAACGCGGAAAUCUCCAAAAGACUGGGCAAACGUUGGAAAUUGCUGAAAGACUGCGAGAAGAUCCCGUUCAUCAGGGAAGCCGAGAGGCUCCGGCUACAGCACAUGGCUGAUUACCCCGACUACAAGUACCGACCCAAGAAGAAACCAAAGCUCGACAAUUCCACCAAACCAGCGGCGCAGUCACCGGAGAAGAUCACUGUCAGACCUGUAAAGGCUCCCAGCAAGAAAUUCACCAAAUUGAAAACGACCAAGGCGGUGACAACGAGACCGUCUCACGACCCUCGUUUCGAUUACGUUUAUACCAGCUUUAAAACUACUAGCAAGUCCGUAAAAAGGGAAUAUACUGACGACGAGGAUGAUGACGACGACGAAGAGGAGGACUACUUGGAGGAACUGUCCUCUCGGAUUAAAGUGGAAGAGGACGAGGAGGCGAUUCCGUACAACAUUGCCAAAGUUCCCGCGAGCCCCACUCUGAGCUCCACUGCGGAGUCUGAGGGCGCGAGCAUGUACGAUGAGUCCCGGAAUGCGAACACAGUUCCCAACCAGAGACUGUUCUACAAUUUCAAGAACAUUACCAAGCAGCAGAGCACACACUGUCCUGCUUCUCUCUCACCAGCAUCUUCAUUCAGGUCGGUGUCCACCUCGUCCAGUUCUAGCGAGGACGCGGAUGACUUAUUGGUUGACUUCAGUUUAAAUUUAGCCUCCGGUGCCCACGCAGCGGAGCUCGGGAACUCAAAUUCAGGAAAUCUGUCCCUUUCCUUGGUGGAUAAGGACUUGGACUCUUUCAGUGAAGGCAGCCUCGGUUCUACUUUGAAUUCCCAGACUAUUGCACCCCCGAGUUGAGCGAAAUGAUCGCAGGGGAUUGGCUUGAGGCGAACUUCUCAGAUUUAGUAUUUACUUACUAGCUAAAUACAUAUGGAAUCAUUCUCUGAUGGUAGCACUGCGGGGACCGCGUUAUCAUCUGUUCCUUUGCUGCGGUGUGGUUACCAUGGCAGGAAGGACAGUCUUCUAUGAACUGAAACGAGAUUCAUUACAACUUGGUACCACUGCAAAAAAGUGACAUUUGUCACCAUGACAGGGUUUUAUGGAUUUUCCUCGGGUCUGCAGUGAAACUGCUCACAUUUCAAUGUGGGUCACCGAGUAGAAUCUGAACUAUGCAUUCCCAUCCCACUUGUAACCACUUGGGUAAAAAAAAAAACGGCUGGGCUGAUUCGAGGCAAAAUCUGCAACACUGUUCAUUCAGGAUGUUCAACUUUUCAAAAAAAACUAAACGAUUUUAUGUGAUUUUCUGUAUUCCACACAACUGUUUAUUUUUCUUAUCUGUUCCGAAUCUCUCCUGGUAUGGAAAUGAGUAGGCUAAACCCGCUAUAGGACACAUGGCAGCAAGCAGCAUUUUGAUACAUAACCAACAUACCUCAUCUUUUUAAAAAAAAAAGUAAGAUAUUUUCAGGCAUAUUUUUGUACAGUUAAAUUAAGGGAAUGUUCUUACUGUGCUUUCAGUGAGUAUUUUUUGGGGGCACUUCUACCCGGUUUCAUUUUCGUUUAGCUUGCAAGGAUGAAACACAUCAACUUGCAUCUAAAUGCCUUGCGAAUAUUUUAAGCUAGGGUAUAUAUGUACAGAAGAACUAGAUCAGAUUUGAAACGUUUAAGCAUAAGGAGUUGAAGAAUAUAGACCUCAUUGCUGGUACUAGGUUCAAGAUUGUAUAUGUUCUGUAAAAUAGUAAAGUUAGGAGUUUAUGUAUAUCGGUGUGAAUGGGUCUCAGAUAGCAGGUGUGAAACUGGAUGUUCUUUUUGCAUUUUAUCAUCUUAAUGGCACAUAUUGUUUUCUUCAUUAUUUUGUGCAAUAUAGGCUACUCUUAAAUGGACCAUCUGCGUUUUUUGUAGCAAAUUAAAUACGUUACUUGUCGUCAUGCCGAAGUCUGUAUCUUGACAACUGAAUAAAUCAGCAGGAACUGAUUCAA